GCGAAGUCUCAAUUACAUUGGAAGAAGAAGAAGAAGAAGGAGAAGAGGCUUCUACCAAUCCAUUGCUGUUUAUUUCCCAUUGCAGGCCUAUUGAACUAGCAAACGAAGGAGGAAAGCAUUGGACUGUUAAUGAAGUUAGAGCUCUAAUACGGGUCUGGUCGGAAAAGAGCAUUCAGCAACAACUGGAAGGAACAGUGAGAAACAAAAGGAUAUUUGAACACGUUGCUGCUAGACUACAAAAAUUUGGAAUUGACCGAGACUGGAAGCAAUGCAGAACAAAAUAUAAAAAUCUAAAGCAUGAAUAUAAGAGUGUUAAAGAUGCCCAAUAUUCAGGCAACGCAAGCAAAACUAUGAAGUUUUUCAGAGAGUUGGAUGCUAUUUUGGGACACAAUGCAGAUAAAACAAGCAGAUGCCAUAAUGACUAUGGUGAGAAACCAACAGAAUGGAUAAAGACCACAAUAGAGAAAAAACUAAGAGGUGAAGAGAACUUUAUUAGUAACACAUCUGGAGACACUAAUACAAGGAAAAUGCCAAAUGCAGUGAUACGCAGCACAGCGGAGAGAGAUAACUCUGGGCACUUGGGAAAACCCAAUUCCACACUUAGGAGGGAGCAUAUAAAGGAGGAAAUUAUCGAUUCAGUAAUUCAGGAAGACAACAAUUCCAUCAAUAUGAUUCCAGAGUUCUCACACAUAAAGCAAGAACCAAUUGACAUAGAUGAUGAUUCAGUCAGCACAAUUUCAGAGGAUACAUGCGGAUUCUCAGUGUAUAAACAGGCACCUGGGACAGACAUUCAGAUGACCUUGGAUGAAGCCCAAAACCACUUUAGAGUUAUUACCGUCAAUGACACAGGAGCAGGAAAGCAUUGGUGCGACAAUGAAGUCAGAGCUCUAAUAAAUAUAUGGUCAGAUGAGGAAAUACAACAAAUGCUUGAAGGAGCAACGAGGAAUAAAGAAAUAUUUGAGGAGAUUGCUAGAAGGCUAAUGAAAGUUGGAAUAGACAGAGACUGGAAACAGUGUCGUACAAAAUACAAGAACUUAAAAUAUGAGUAUCGAGCGGUGCAGAAAGAAAACAAUCAGAUUGGUAAUGCAAGCAGGAAGAUGAGAUUUUAUGACGAAAUUGACUGCAUUUUGAGGAAUCAGCCGCCAGAGAUGCUUACAGAUGUUAUCACAGACCCGAUACCACUGAGAGUCAAGAGAAAAGUCUCUGAAGAAGAGUCUUCACCUGUUCAAUUUAAGAAAAGCAUGUCAGAGAAUACAACAGCGCAAUCACAAAGAUGUGUAUCUGAGGGCUUGCAGUCUGUUAUCAAAAACCGAACAACGUUUUUAGAAAGAUUUUACAAGCAGGAAGAGAUGCAGGAUAUCAGAAGAAAACCACUAGACACUGCUCAUCCCUCCCUACAACAG